AUUGACAAAUUUUUAAUUACUUUUUUAAAACAAUAAAAUUUUAAGUUUAAAAAUUUAAAUUAGUGGAAUUAAAUUUAGUGUGAAAUCUUUAAAUUAUUUAAAUUUGAAACGAAAUUAUGAGUAUACGUGGACGUAGUCGAUCUCGCAGUGGUAGUGGCAGAGGAAAGCGCUGUAUGCGACCGGGUCCUAUAACCAAAAAUGGUUAUCUAAACUUCCUUAGAGAAUAUCGGAAAGCAUGCUGUGGCAUGACCCCUCAAGAAACCAUAAUACGUGGGGCCCAACAAUGGAAUAAGUUGUCGGAAAAGGAGAAGGAAAAGUAUAAUAGGAUGAGUAAACCUCGUCGCCGCCGCCGUCGUGGCUCAAGUGCCAAACGUUGCAUGCGGCCCGGUCCUGUAACCAAUAAUGGUUAUUUAAACUUUUUACGUGAUUAUCGUAAACAAUGUUGUGGAAUGUCACCUACGGAAACCAUAAGACGUGGCGCUCAACAAUGGUUAAAGCUUUCGGAAGAAGAAAAAAGAAAAGUAUAACCGUUUGGCCAGACGUCGUAGUAGAAGUGGAAGUCGAGGUCGAAGACGCGUGUGUUAAAGACAAAUUGUAUUUGUUAUUAAGUUGUCCGAAGAAUUAGUGAUGUUUGUUAACAGAAUUAUUUUGAAAUAAUAAAAUUUUCGAACUAGA